CUAGAGGGGAGGCUCCGACGUCUCCUUCCUUCCUGGUUCCUGCUGCAGCUGCCGCCACUGCUCAGCUCCGUAAGCAGGGAGCUGGCGGCUCGGAGACGGUGACAGAGGCGGAGCGGUGCGUGGGCCAAGGAGCACUGGUGUCCAUGGACCCUGGGAGCCUCCCCUCCACCCGCAAGCAGUGAGGGGCCAGGAUCCCACGGAGCCAGGAAAAGGGCACAGAGACACCCAAAACACUGGAGAGUUUGUUAACUUUCAAUGGCUGAAUGUAGGAGUUUUCCCCCCAGGUCAGCCUCUGGUAGCAUGGGCCCCUCUGCCCUGACCUCCUGGCCACCCACACCCCACCACGUCCCUGUCCCCUCCUGGCCUCAGCUCCACCGGAAGAUCUGGGCUGCUUCCCCAGCUUCAGGCCAACCUUGCCCCUCCAGUCCCCUCCCCCAUCUCACACACACACAGCCUCAUGCAUUAUGGAUCUCCCCGUGGAGCCAGGAUGGCCAGGGCUGGUGCCAAGGGCGCCUGUGGGCACUGCUGCGGGGCCUGUGCGGUCCUUGGCAUGUGUCUCCAGUGGCUCGUCCCCCGCUCUCUCCAGGUGGAUGGUACUUCUUAGGAGCCCCAGGGAUGGGGAUGAAAGAAAGGAGGCUUGGGGGACGGGGGGACAGAGGGUCCGAAGUGGGCAUCCUAGGGGGGCGAUUGAUGGGAGGCACAGGGGAAAAUGCGGGCUGUCUCAGGCCUCAGUUUCCUCAGGCAGAAAAAUGGGAGCCCAGGAACUAGAGGAUAUGGAGGCCAAUUGGUGGGGAGCUGGGGUCAAGAGGUUGGGGGGCUCUGUAAAGGGAUGAUGGCAGAGGAGUCUCCGUGCCGUGGUGCUGGGCUCAGGGAUCCUGGCGGAAGAGGAGCUGGGUUGAGAUCUCGCAUGUCUAGUCUCUGGAUUCCUCUGUCCUAUUUUGGGGCCUCUUCCUUCACUCCCCUGCCUCACCUCUGAUUACCCCCAGGGAAUCCUCCAGAGAAAGCAUGGGGUGUUUCCUGGAGCUGGGGAACGUGUGAGUGCCUAAGGUGGGGCAGGGCUGACUUUUCGAGGUUUUCUUUUGGCACCGGCCUGCCUGCUGCGCGCUCCACCUCUCUGGGCAGCGGGCGCUGAGACCUGCUCAGAGUGGGGUGGGGACAGGCUUGGGAGAGGUGUGGCAGGUGAGCGGAAGAUGUGCUCGGGGGCUCUCAUCCCAGAGGGUGCAAGAGGGGCUGGAGGUGGGGAAGGUGAUAGCCGAGUCUGUGCUAACGGGGUCUCUCUCUGCUUCAAGGGCCCCCUCAGGACAAGGUGACAUCUUUCCCCUUCCACUCUCCUCUACGUCCUCAGCAGGGAGUGGCCACUCCCUUCCCCAUGGACUUCCAAGAGCGGGACCCUCCCUCCCUGGCUGAGAGCACACAGUCCGCCAAGCCCAGCAGUGCCCAGCAGGCCUCCGAGCUGUGGGAGGUAGUGGAGGAGCCUCGGGGCCGGCUGGGGGCAGAGGGUAUCAUGCCCGAGAGGCAGGAAGGCCACCUGCUCAAGAAGAGGAAGUGGCCUCUGAAGGGCUGGCACAAGAGAUACUUUGUGCUCGAGGAUGGGAUCCUUCACUACGCAACGACUCGGCAAGAUAUCACCAAGGGGAAGCUCCAUGGCUCCAUUGAUGUCCGACUGUCGGUCAUGUCCAUCAACAAAAAGGCCCAGCGCAUUGACCUUGACACUGAAGACAACAUCUACCACCUCAAGAUCAAAUCACAGGACCUGUUCCAGAGCUGGGUGGCUCAGCUGCGUGCCCACCGCCUGGCCCAGCACCUGGAUGUGCCCCGAAGCCUGCUGCCCAGCACCACUCACCGGAAGGUUCCUGGUGCCCAGCUUCCGGCAGCGGGUAGUGCCUCGGCUCUGCCAGGGGUUGGACCUCGGGAGAAGGUGUCUUCCUGGCUGAGGGACAGUGAUGGGUUAGACCGCUGUUCUCAUGAGCUCUCUGAGUGUCAGGGGAAGCUCCAGGAACUCCACAGACUCCUCCAGAGCCUGGAGUCCCUGCCCCGGAUCCCCUCAGCCCCUGUUAUCCCCACACACCAGGCCUCGGUGACGACCGAGAGACCCAAGAAGGGGAAGCGGACCAGCCGCAUAUGGUGCACACAGAGCUUUGCCAAGGACGACACCAUCGGGCGGGUGGGUCGUCUCCACGGCUCUGUUCCCAACCUAUCUCGCUACCUGGAGUCCCGGGACCCCUCGGGCCCCCGCGGGCUGCCACCCCCAGACUAUGCCCACGUGCAGCGCAGUUUCUGGGCCCUGGCUCAGAAGGUGCACAGCUCGCUCAGCAGUGUCCUGGCCGCCCUCACCACUGAACGGGACCGACUGAGGGACCUGCACCAGGGUUCGGAUCCGUCCAGGCUGGGGGUGAGGCUGGGGGCAGGGUGGCCAGUGGGAGGAGUGGGCCCGAGCCCCGAGGACUGCAGGCCUGGGGGUGGUCCCGGACCUGGGCCGGGAAGGGAGGUUGGAGGAGGCAGGCUGUGCCCGGCAGGCUGGGGAGGGCUUCACCCGCCCCGUCCCGGCACCUGUGCCCUCACCCUCUCCCUGCAGGUCUCUGAGGCCGCAGCUGGCCCGAGGCGCCUCCACUCGCUGUCCGUGUCCUCCGACACCACUGCAGACUCCUUCAGCUCCCUCAACCCCGAGGAGCAAGAAGCUCUGUACAUGAAGGGGCGGGAGCUGACCCCUCAGCUGUCCCAGAGCAGCGUCCUUUCCCUCGCUGAUUCCCACACAGAGUUCUUUGAUGCCUGUGAGGUUCUCCUCUCUGCCAGCUCUUCUGAGAAUGAGGGCUCAGAGGAGGAGGAGUCGUGCACCAGUGAAGUCACCACCAGCCUGUCCGAGGAGGUGCUCGACCUCAGGGGAGCUGAGCGCUGUCAGAAAGGAGGAGCCGUGGGACCACCCCGCCGCCGAUGCCUACCUGCGGCCAGUGGGCCCGGGGCCGAUGUGAGCCUGUGGAACAUCCUGUGGAACAACAUCGGCAAGGACCUGUCCAAGGUGUCGAUGCCCGUGCAGCUCAACGAGCCACUCAGCACCCUGCAGCGGCUCUGCGAGGAGCUGGAGUACAGCAGCCUUCUGGACCAGGCCAGCCAAACCACCGACCCCUGCGAGCGCAUGGUGUACAUCGCAGCCUUCGCAGUGUCAGCCUACUCUUCCACAUACUACCGGGCGGGCUGCAAGCCCUUCAACCCUGUCCUGGGGGAGACCUACGAGUGCGAGCGGCCUGACCGAGGUUUCCGCUUCAUCAGUGAGCAGGUCUCCCACCACCCCCCCAUCUCGGCGUGCCAUGCGGAGUCUGAGAACUUCAUAUUCUGGCAAGACAUGAAGUGGAAGAACAAGUUCUGGGGCAAAUCCCUGGAGAUUGUGCCUGUGGGGAUGGUCAAUGUGAGCCUGCCCAGGUUUGGGGACCACUUUGAGUGGAACAAGGUGACGUCCUGCAUUCACAACAUCCUGAGUGGCCAGCGCUGGAUUGAGCACUACGGGGAGGUGCUCAUCCGGAACACGCAGGACAGCUCCUGCCACUGCAAGAUCACCUUCUGCAAGGCCAAGUACUGGAGCUCCAACGUCCAUGAGGUGCAGGGUGCCGUGUUUAGCCGAAGCGGCCGCGUCCUCCACCGACUCUUCGGGAAGUGGCCCGAGGGCCUGUACCGGGGACCCCCGCCGGGCGGUCAGUGCAUCUGGAAACCCAACUCAAUGCCCCCAAACUAUGAGCGCAACUUCGGCUUCACUCAGUUUGCUUUGGAGCUGAAUGAGCUGACGGCAGAGCUGAAGCGGUCCCUGCCUUCCACAGACACGCGGCUCCGGCCAGACCAGAGGUACCUGGAGGAGGGGAACAUACAGGCCGCCGAGGCCCAGAAGAGAAGGAUCGAGCAGCUUCAGCGAGACAGGCGCAAAGUCAUGGAGGAGAACAACAUUGUCCACCAGGCUCGCUUCUUCAGGUGCCUCUGCCCCCCUCCAGGUCUCUCUGCAGCCCAGGCCCCCUCCUCCUCCCCACUAGCCCCUUCCUGCUCUGAGUGGGGCCGGCAGCGUAAGGCAGCGUCUCGGGACCCCGGCCUCAGUGCUGGGUGUUCACCCCUCUUCUUCCAUGGCCCCCUUCCCCCCAGGCGGCAGACAGACAGCAGCGGGAAGGAAUGGUGGGUGACUAACAACACAUACUGGCGGCUGCGGGCCGAGCCGGGCUACGGGAACCUGGACGGGGCCGUGCUCUGGUAGCCCAGGCCCCAGGGGCAGGAGGCCCCGGUCCCCCCUCCUGCCCCCACCCCGCCACGGACACAUGGGCGAGGCCAGGCUCUCCCACUCACUGCCCUGGAGACCAAAGGGGAAGCCCUGGCUCUGGCCCUCUCCCCUCUGCUGGCCAGAGGGGCUGCAUCUCAGCCCAUCACCCACCCCUUGUUUGGGGUGGGAAGCAGUAUUCGUGCUUCCCCAGUCUUGUUGCCCCAGACAACCAGCAUGUAAGACCCUCCUUGCUCUGUCAACCCCUUCCUUACCCCCUGGGGUACUUGGGGGAGACUCCAGGCCCUCCAGGAUCUGUUCCCCAUUUCAGUGCCUUCCUAGGACACAGGGGACCCCUCGACGUUCCCCAGGAUUCCCAUGCCCAGGACUCGGGCCCCAGCUGUGAGGUUGGAGUGAGUGAAGGAGAGGGGAUGGCCUUUUCUCCCACCCCCGUCCCUCCCAUGCCCCAUCUCCAGCAUCUUCUCCCCCUGCCCUGGCCCAGAGGGGCUCCCUUUGCUUGGCCCUGGCAAUUUCUCCUGUCCUCCUGGAUCCCCUUCUCCCAAACUGCAAAACGCCUGCAGCUCCUUCGUCCCUGGUCCUCAAGUGGUUUCCUUCAGUCUCAGCUCAGUGGAUCCCCCAGAGCAGACAGGGCAGGAAGGGCGCCUGGCCUUGACCCACCCGGAGUGAGCGAGCACUCGUGAGAGUGUUGGUUUGUGUAGAAGUGUGUGCGUGUGCCUGUGUACUGCUUGCGGGCGAGCAGGAUUCCUCGUGUAGGCCGGAUGUCCCCUGCGGGGGGUCCGCCACCAUUGCUGCUCAUUUUACCAGUCUGCCUCUGAUUAAGGUGAAUUGCUAUGACAUUCCAAACUCCAGUAAAGACUGUCCCAAACUUUG